AUGGUCCCCCGCCGGCUCAGUCGUCGCCUGAUUGCAGUCGCAACCGCCAUUGCCCUCUUCUUCCUCUACCACGUCAGCUCUUUCUCCAGUCACAAUCGCCAAUGGCGCCCUCACUUCACAACGACAGAAGUUACCCCGGCCUCCGGCGACAAUGGUGAACCAGCCCCAUUCUGCCCGCCCCUACCAGGCAUCGAAGAUGUGCUCGUGGUAAUGAAGACCGGAGUGACAGAAUCACGAGACAAAGUCCCCAUCCACUUCCAGACGACAUUACGCUGCAUCCCCCACUUCGUGAUAUACUCCGACUUCGCAGAAGAAAUCGAAGGCGUCAAAAUCCACGAUGUCCUCCGCAACAUGGACAGCGCCGCAAAGAAGAACCCGGACUUCGACUUCUACCACCGCAUCGUGAAAUACGGCCGCAAGGGUCUAGAGCAGCAAGAUUUCUCCGACGAAGCCAACUCCGCCAUCGGAAAACCGAACAAUCCAGGUUGGAAACUUGACAAAUGGAAGUUCCUUCCAAUGGCGCAGGAAGCGCUCCGCCACAAGCCAGACGCAAAGUGGUUCAUCUUCGUUGAAGCAGACACCUACGUCUCGUGGCCAACGGUCCUGACCUGGCUGGCCCGGUUUGACCACACAAAGCCACACUACCUCGGCACGGAGACUCAGAUCGCAGACGUUAUCUUCGCCCACGGUGGUUCGGGCUUCAUGCUCUCAAACCCCGCCCUGCAACGCGCCUCCGACGAGUACGCCGCGCGCGAGGUCGAGCUAAACGCAUUCACAGACCAGCACUGGGCCGGCGACUGCGUGCUGGGCAAGGUCCUCAGCGACGCAGGCGUCAACCUACACUUUACAUGGCCGAUUCUUCAGAAUUCGAACCUCGGCGAGCUGGACGAGUUCACCACAGACUUCUACCGAAAACCAUGGUGUUUCAUCGCUGUCGCCCUCCACCACCUCUCACCAAUCGACAUCGAGAACCUAUGGAAAUUCGAACAAAAGCGCUGGCGUGAUAAAAACAAACGAAUUCUCUUGCACGGCGACCUCUUCCGCGAAUACAUCUCACCAGAAAUAAACUCACAGCCCACACGCCAGAACUGGAAUAACAUGGCAAACGAAGAUCAGCCCUUCGCACACAACUUCGAAGACUGCCGCUUGAUUUGCCAGACGCAGAACACUUGCGUGCAAUUCGCCUUCCGCGAAGGCAAAUGCUUCACGAGUCCCAACCCGCGUCUCGGACAUGCUGUUCCCAGCAGCGAUGCGUCGUCAGGCUGGAUUACUAGUCGGAUUCGCGAUAUGACGGAGAAGAAGGGAUUGUGCCGGAAGCCUGAUUUCGGGGAUUGA